GGGGGAGGAGACAGCGGCGGGCGGGAGGGCGGCAGCGGUUUCCCUCAGCCCCGGCAGGCCCAGCCCGGGCCGCGCCGGGCGUCGCAUUCGGUGGGCGGGAAAGCGAGCGGCCCAGAGGGGCUGCGGCCCGGGGGGCAGCAGCUGCAGGAAAGUUGGAAAGCUGAGUGAGAACUGGCUGUUCAGAAGAUUCAUGAUUGUGAUUGAGGAUUCCAACAUGUCUAAAGAAAUGCAAGAGCUACAGAAGCAAUGGCACUCUGUGAUGGAGGCCAUCCACAGCAAUGCAAAUGUUGUUGCAUUUAUGAAUUCUCGUGUUGGACAAUAUUUAGAUGAUCGUCCUUUUGUUGCCUUAUCCCUCCUGAUGUUUCUUGCAGUGUCUGCUAUUCCUGUGGCAUUUUUCCUGAUUUUUGUUGUUACAACAGCCAUAAUGGCCUGCAUUGGUGUGAUAGUUAUGGAAGGUGUUGUAAUAGCCAUAGGUGGCAUAGCCCUGCUUUGUGUGCUGUGUGGCCUGGGUGCACUUUCACUGGGAGUUUCUGGAGUUUUGAGUCUUUGUUACAUUGUUCUGUCAGCUCUGGUCAACUACUGGUGUGCUUCAAGGGGUGAGAUAAGGAAGCAAGAUGUUAAUGGAAGUUUGCCACAGAAGAGUGCAUCUGUUGUGAAUCUUUCUGCCAGUAAUGGAAAGAACGAAUAAGUGAGUUUCUCCCUCCUUCUUUCAUAAGCAAGUAACUGUGCAACUCUGACCUUUGCAGUGUAAUUGUUUACUCCUUGAGGAUUCAACCUUUAUGCACUCCAUAUGGGAAUGGAAAAAACCUAAUAUUCAUCACACAUUAUCACUGUAAAACUAGCAUUAAGAAUAACCAUUAAGCAGUAAUGCAUUGCAAUGUUAAGUCUAUGUGCAUGAUGGAAUGUUCCAGAGUUUGUUAAAGAGAUGUAGUAAUAACAGGUACUGUUAAGUCAGUGACAGGUACAGGAAAGGGUGAAUGGGUAUUUGACUUCCCACUUGUAACUGGAGUUCUGAAUGUACUGUCUUUUGAAAUGUGUAUGCAGCACUUACUCAUUUUGAUACAAAAGUGUCAAAGCUCAGAACACCAGAAGUGUGUUUUGAAUGUUGAAAAAUAUUUUUCAGCCCUAACAGCCUUUGAGAAAUCAGUAUAGAGCAUUAGCAUGGUACACUGAUACUGUAAGAGGAAAACUGGGUAAUGUAAUGGUGUAAGCUUUUCCCUACCUUUAGUUGUUGCAUUAGCCUGGGGAGGUAUUUUCCUUCAUUGCCUCAUCCUGUUGGUGUGCAAUUAGGUCUUGCAUUGUCACAUUUGUUUAGGUAGUUAAAUUGCCUGUUUUGCUUCUCUGUUGUAACUUCAUGUAUUUUAUUUAAACUUUUUCAUUUUUGGAAAUGUUAAAAUAUUUCUAAGCAUUAAGACACUAACUGUAUUAGUUUAAUAAAGUGGUUUGGUUAACAAGGUU